GUUGCCAGUUUUCGGAGGUGUCCCGCGUCGGAGAACAAGAUAUGGAAUCUGAUAAUAUGGACCCAGAAAAUACAGAAUUCAAAAGUAGAGAAACUGAGAUGGCUACUUCUGCCUUUGCACUCCAGGCACUGUCUAACCUGCUUUAUCCUGAAGAUGAAGAAGAUGAUUUUGACUCUGAACAGAGCUCAUCUACUUUUGGAGCCAUGAGUCCUGGGAAUAUUGGGCCAAGGAAAAUUGAAGAACUUAAACACAUUACUCAAAGCACUAAUGAAAAUAGUGAAGACAUCUGGGAUCCAGAAGAGGUUCCAGACAUAGCAGAUCCUGAUGACAUGUGGGAUGUUCGCGAAAUCCCAGAGCAUGAGAUCAUUUUCAAACAGCAGGUGGGAACGGAGGAUGUAUACCUAGCAUUUACAAGAAAGGACCCUUCAACAUCAUGCUGUCAAGAGAUAGUGGUGAAAAUUCAACUGCCUGGUACAAACCCUUCAGAUAUUCACAUUGAUGUUGAGGAUACAUACCUUGAUCUUCGCACUCCUAAUAAGAAGCUGUUGUUAACUUUUCCCCAGCCUGUGCAAGGAAGCAGUGCUAAAGCAUUGUUUAUGAUGGAGACAGGGACACUUGAAGUCACUAUUAAUGUACAAAGAGAUUCUGAAGUUUUUUAUUAA